ACCCCAAAGGGGGCUCCCUCGCUGCCAGCCCGCCCCGGAGGAGGCACGGCGCUUCUCCUCAGCCCGCUCGGGGCCCUGGCCUGCGGGAGCUGAUUGGAGACGGGCCGGUUCCGGGGCCUCCUUUUCCGACGUCGAGGCCUCAUUUCCUGUGCCCUGCCUUCUGCUCCCGUCGCGGCUUGCCGGGGGUUGGAGCGCCUGGCCGGCUCCGGUGGUGCAAAAGGCGCCGCUUUCAAAUAUGGAGGCGGCGAGAGCCGGGCUGGUGGGCAGGGCGCGCAGACACACGCGCAACCAGCGCAACCUGUGAAUGAACAUCGCCUUAAAAACUCGCGCCUUUUUUCACCCAGGAAGAUGACAACUCUUUGUAGAAGAGCUAGAAAAGCACCACAACCAACUGUUGCAGAAGAGGAGCUUCCUUCCUUUCUUGAAUCAUCUUCAGAAUCAGAAGAGGAAAAGCAUGAAGAUGAAUGGGAGCCCAAAAAGAAAGUUGCAAAGAAGGCCAGAGUGCCAAAAACAUCCAGAGCGAAAAAACCUGCCACGGCCCAGAAGAAACCAUCUGCGGCUCGGAAAAGAACUAAGAAAGUAGCAGUCAAGGAAGAAACGGAUACAUCUUUUCCUGUUAGUGCCCCUGGCGCAGAAGAAGGCAAUGUUCAACUACAGUGGCCCAAGGAAGAAGAGGACACAAAGCCCAGAGGUAUUUCGACAAAGCUUCUGAUGAAAAACACUGGGGUCCCUCCAGGAGAACCUCCCUAUGGCCUGGAAAAUGCUGAAGAACCCUCCACAAGUACUGCAGCAUUUAAACAGCAAGUGAAGGCGGAAGAGUCUCAGGAAGACUUCACAUUUGAUGAACCUCCUCUGAAAAAAAUUAAGUCGGCAACAUGCCUGCAAGGAAACCCUGUAAAAUUUGUACCAACUGCUAAAGUGGGAGGAGACCUUCAAAUGAACUGGGACAUUGUGCAGGUCUUGUCACAGAGGUGUGGCAUUGAAGAAUGGGUGUGUGCAAAUAUCAUCCGCCUCUUCAACGACGAGAACACCAUUCCGUUCAUAGCACGGUAUCGAAAAGAGCUGGUCAAUAAUCUGGAAGCCGAAGCCUUGCGUGAAAUACAACAAACACUGGAAGAGCUUCACACUGUAAUAAAAAAAGUUCAUGGCGCCAUACAGAAGCUUAAGAAAGAAGGAAAACUGUCGGGAAGCCUUUUGACUGCUUUGCUAAACUGCAGAACUGUGGAGGAGCUGGAUCAUGUGUAUGCACCAUAUAAAACUGGAAGCAAAGGAACUAAAGCGCAAAGGGCCCGGCAGCUGGGACUUGAACCUGCAGCUACUUUGCUCCUUGAUAACCCGAGAGAGCUCAACUUAAAUUCAUACGUCAAGUCAGGGGUUGACGGACUUUCCACCAUUGAGGAGGUAAAAUCUGGAGUGCAGCAUAUUUUAGCUGACAUGAUAGCCAAAGAUAAAGACACACUGGAUUUCAUUAGAGAUUUAUGUCAAAGGAAGUACAUUUGCAUUCAAUCAUCUUUGGCAAAAGUGACCUCCAAAAAUGUAAACGAAAAAGAUGUGAGCAAAUUUCAUCUGUAUCAGAAUUUUUCUUGCAAUAUAAAGAACAUUCAACACCACCAGAUUCUAGCCAUUAACCGAGGGGAGCAUCUGAAAGUCCUAACAGUGAAGGUCAACAUUCCUGAUGGGGUGAAGAAUGAAUUCUCUAGGUGGUGUGUAAAUACAAGGUGGAGACCAAAGGGCUAUGCAAACCCUGAGCUAAUGGAGGUACUUCGUUACUCAGUAGAAGACUCAUAUAAGCGGCUCAUUUAUCCACUUCUCUGCAGAGAAUUCAGAUCGAAAUUGACUUCAGAUGCAGAGAAAGAAUCUGUAAUGAUGUUUGGAAGAAACCUCCGUCAGUUGCUUCUUACAAGCCCUGUGAGAGGACGAACCUUGAUGGGAGUUGAUCCUGGCUAUAAACAUGGCUGCAAACUGGCUAUCAUUUCACCAACCAAUCAGAUACUCCAUACAGACAUCGUUUACUUACAUUCUGGUAAAGGAUUCAAUGAAGCUCCAAAGAUUCGGAAACUUCUGCUGAAUUACAAUUGUAGCACCGUGGUGAUCGGGAAUGGAACGGCUUGCAGGGAAACAGAAGCUUACUUCGCUGACUUAAUUAUGAGAAAGUAUUUCACGCCUUUGGAUGUUACGUACUGCAUCACCAAUGAAGCAGGUGCUUCUAUUUAUAGUGUAAGUCCAGAAGCGUGUAAAGAAAUGCCUGAUUUAGACCCCAACUUACGAAGUGCAGUUUCCAUAGCUAGACGCGUACAGGACCCAUUAGCUGAGCUAGUGAAAAUUGAGCCCAAACACAUUGGAGUCGGAAUGUACCAGCAUGAUGUAUCUCAGACCCUGCUCAAAGCUACCCUGGACAGUGUGGUGGAAGAGUGUGUCAGCUUUGUUGGAGUUGAUAUCAAUAUCUGCUCAGAAAUAUUAUUAAGACAUAUUGCAGGACUGAAUGCCAACAGAGCUAAAAAUGUAAUUGAAUGGCGAGAGAAGAAUGGGCCAUUUAUUAAUCGGGAACAGCUCAAAGAUGUCAAAGGACUGGGUCCAAAAUCUUAUCAACAGUGUGCUGGAUUUAUAAGAAUUAACCAGGAAUAUAUCAAAGCGUUUUGCAGUCAACAGGGAGAGCUUGUAGCUGGGAGCCACAAAGGAGCCACAAAUGAGAAACAGGGUAAAAAGAAAACUAAAGCAGGAGCAAAUACUAUUCGGCGGCCAAAUCCUUUGGAUCAGACUUGCAUCCACCCGGAAUCAUAUAAUAUUGCAAUGAGGUUUUUAACACUCAUUGAAGGAAAUCCUUCUGAUAUUGGAAAGCUGGAAAUGCAGCGAAAAGUGAAUGCAAUAAUUGAAAGAGAAGGAGUGGAGGGUAUAGCGAAAAGGCUGAAUACAACUGGACAAACGUUACAAAUAAUCAUUGAUGGGCUAACUCAACCUGAAGGUUUUGACUUCCGAACAGAUUUUGAUAAACCUGAUUUCAAGAGGAGUAUUGUUUGUCUUGAAGACUUGAGAGUCGGAAUGGUUCUUACGGGAAGAGUUGAGAAUGCUACUCUCUUUGGAGUUUUUGUCGACAUUGGAGUUGGCAGAGGAGGGCUGAUUCCAAUUCGGAGCAUAACUGAAGACAAGCUGUCAAAAGCAAAGAAGAGAAGGAGCCUUGGCCUAGGCCCAGGAGAAAAAGUAGAAGUCAGAGUGCUUAAAAUUGACAUCCCACAGUCUAGGAUAACAUUGGACCUUAUACGGGUGUUGUGAGCUAUUUAAUUUAAGGGCUAUCUGCACCGUGAUUAGUAGAAUACAAUGGGAUACCAGCUCAGAUUCAUGGCAUGCUCUUAUUUCUGCUGGAACAUGUUGGGCUACCUAGAACCUCAGAGAAUCAGACCAAAAAUUACAGUGGGUGACUCCAGCAAAUCUUUUUUAUUAAUCAAGUUUUUCAUUGUAUCAUCCAGAAAUUGUUAGUUUUUAAGGAUUUCCCCUAGCUUUCAUUUCCAUACAUGUGUGUUUCAGAUGCAGCCAUGUAAUGUUGGGGAAAGCAUGUUGGGAUAAUUAAGCAGCUGUUAGACACGGGCUGUUCGGAGCUCCAGAAAUUGAUUAGUAGGUUCCAAAUGUUGCUCCUGAUAAUGCUGUCGUUAUGAAGAUUUAUGUCUUUGGCUGUUUCCCCAUUACUGUGCUCUGAGCCAGCCCUGUAUUCCUGUUAACGUUCUGUAGAAAUGUAAAAAGAGCAAAGACUCUUUCUGUUCUAAAUACAUGUGAGUGAAAAUAUAAUAUCAAAAUAUUAUAUUCUUAUUAUAAGAAACAUGGAUCUGAGCCAUACUACUUUUAGAUGGAGAGCCACUUGUCUGAAUGCUUUUCCAUAUUAAAUGGAGGUGUGAGAAGCUGUGUCCCGUCAUAACUCACUGCUGAUCAAGUUAAGUAGGGUUGAUGGGACUGGAGUCCAGCAACAUCUGGAUUGGCAACAUGGCUCCCAUGUUUGAUAUAAAACAUUCCCUACAUGUACAGAACUAGAUAUUAAUGAAAAAUAUUCUAAACACUCACUCUUCACCUUGACUAACUAGGACUUAGUCCUAGCUACUUCUAAUGAAACGGGUUGUUUUGUUUGUAUGCUGCAACAUCCAAACAUACCCACACACCUAUAGUAUAAUUUGAUGUAGUCCAAGCACAGGUUUAUUAUCCAGUGAGUUACUCUGAUUGUGGCUUGACUUAUACCCAUGUUCUUUAUAGAAUAAUAUUUUGAAGUGAUCACUCACCUCUUUGUUAUAGCUAACGUCUGCUGUUUGUGGGGGUUCAGCUCAUUUCUAGGUAAUGAUGGCUCCAUGGAUUUGUUUUCGUGAUAUUUGUUUUAAGAGUGUUAAGUGGUUUUGUUUGUUUUGCCAGCUUAAAAUCUUUUUUUAAAAUAAAUAACAUGAGAACUGUUGAGGUCCAAAAAAAC